AUGGUCAAUGAGCAAGGUACCGAGAGAAUUCUUAAGGGAGUCUUUAUAACGCCUCCUUUUUUUGCGUUGUCAAUUUUGUGGCCAACACACACAUUAAUCACUUUCUUUCUUUCUCUCUCUCUCUCUCUCUCUUUCUCUCUCAGACAACAUGCAUCUCUCUUUCUUUCUCUCUAUCUCAGACACACACAUUUCUUUCUUUCUUUUCUCUCUCUCUCUCUCUCUCUCUCAUUUUGUUAUGAAAGAUUUCUUUUUUUCUUUCUCAGAUUCAUUACAUUUUCAGAUCUUUUUUCUCUCUCUCUCUCUCUCUCUUCUCCAGAUAAAUAUACUCUCUUUAUAUUCUCUCUCUCUUUAUUCCAAUCUUUUCCUAUCUAUCUAUUUAUCUAUCUAGCUAUGUCAGUCUGUUCAUAUCUAACUAUCUAUCUAUCUAUCCUCCUCAGUCUGUUGAUAUCUAUCUAUCUAUCUAUCUAUCUAUCUAUCUAUCUAUCUAUCUAUUUAUCUAUCUAUAAUUCUAUCUCUUUCAUCUAA